AUGAGCGCUGCGACGACCGUAACGAUCAACACCGACAGCGUCGGCGGCGACAGCAAAGCCGCUGCGCCGCCUCCGCGCUCGUUCCUCCAGAAGGUCAACGACGUGAACAGGAUGGAGCUGCCCACGCUCUUGCGCUACAUGCGCCUGGGCAACGUCCUGUGCUCGGUGCUGCAGAUCCUCGCGGGCGUCGUGGGCAUCUCGUCGUUCAUUACGCUCAACGUCACGGGCACACUCGUGUCCGUGUACGUGCUGAUGUUUGGUGUGCUGUUUCUGCUGUUUGAGUGCCGCCUCGCGCGCAUGGAGACGGCCAUUCGCGCGCACUUUGGCUUUCUCUACAGCUACAAGGGACGCGCAGCGUUCAUCUUUUUCAUUGGGUUCCUCGACUUUGGCAUUGGCUCAGCCUUUGCGUCGCUCGCGGGGCUCCUCAUGUGCGCGAACGCGCUGAUUAACCUCCUGGUCAUGUGCCGCCACCCGCAGUUCAAGUCGUCGCUAAGUGCAGACGCCGACCCGACGGCGGGGUACACCACGGGCGGUCAAGAAGCCGCGACGUUUAUGAGCAAGAACCCAGAGAUCGCUGCAAAGGCGGGGCAGUAUGCGUUCCAGCACGCGGCCAACACACGUCACUGA